AUGGUCGGUUGGAGAUUCCUGAAUCCGCUCUUGUUGUGGAUCGUUUGUGGGGUAUCCUUUUGCCUAGCAUGGGCACCGUCUCACAAAGCAAGUGUUUCAGGAAGAUCUUUUCCCGUCAGUCUCCAGUCUUCGAGCCUCCCUUGGAAUGGUGAAGUUGUUUCCAAUACAGCCGAUGGAACUAUCAAGGGUUGCUCGGUUCAACCAGUGGGAAACGAACCUCAUGUAGAAUGGAUUAUCAAAAUCGAUGGAGUCGAAGCAGAUUUGGGACGAUUUUCUGACGCAAUCUACAAAAAAGUGACGGCAGACGCCAAGAAAGAACGAUUCCAGGGUUUCCGCCCAGGAACGAUCCCACCCCACAUUGAACCUACCUACCGUGCCUUUGCAAUGGAUGAGUGUGCCCGAGAGACAGUCCUGGAGGCUAUGCAGCAAAACAAUAUCAGACCAUUUGAGAAUACACGUGCUGAAUUUGAACUGGAGAACUUCUUUAUCCCACCGCCGUCAAAGAAAGGCAACAAAAAGAAGAAGAAAAAGAAGAGCAAGAAAUCAAACGAUGAUACCCAAUCUGCUGUAGUGGAGGAAAUUCCAGGGGAGCCAAAAUGGCGACAGUUUGAUUCUAUGAAAGAAGCCCUAGAUGCAGGCUGGAGGCCUGGCCAAAGCUUUAGUUUCGUUGCUAAGAACGUGAAAGGGCAGAAGGUUCUGGGAGAGAAGGAAACUCAAGGCGCUACAGCAAUUGGUGGUCUAGGCUAUUAG